CCUCACCCUCGCUCCUCAGUUCUGGGCUGGCAACACUAAGUGGCUCAACUUGCGAGAAAAAAGAAGUCUUUCUCUUUUUAGUUAACAAACGCGUUUGUGGAUUUUAUGUACCUAUUUUGGAGCUUGUAAAAGUUUUCGUAAUUCAUUUUAUCAAUCAUGUUGUGCAUAUAAAAUGUAUGUGUGUGAACAUGUAUUCUGUGCGAGCUGAUGCGAUGGCGGAUAAUGUUACCGUUAGUGUGUUGUGUGGAAUGAGAUCGCAAGCGCUGCUGGCUGGCCGAUUGCGAUGACCGUAAGCGACAGCCAAUAUGAUAGCCAAUCUGCCGCUGCUCUUCGCCGACGGGAACCCGACGGCGCUGUCGAAGAUCAAGGCCAAGAAAUUGGAGAAGUUCAUAACGUUUAUGGUGACAUGUUCCUGGGGACACGACACAGCGAAGGAGAUCCGGCAGCCGCCGUGGUGGCCGACCAACGUCGCCUUCUCGCAUCCGUUCGUGCGGCCGCGCCAAGUGCCCGACGACUGGGAGCUGAGGCUCAAGAACUUGGUGAAGAAAUGCUACGACUACCACAAGAGCACUUUCCUCCUCGUGUUCUCCGCGCAGCUCGCGCGCUACCAGCACAACAAGCUGAGGUAUGUUGACAACCGUGAUCACACUACGUCUCUCUACUACCGUCCCAAUGGACGUCUCUUAGUGACCUUCCGGAACGAGAACCUGUUCUACGACCGGGAAAUAACACCCAUAGAGCCCCAGGUCAAAUCUGCUGACAUAUACCUCUGUGACAACUGUGACAGCCAUUUUGAUAAUCUUGAAGUUCUAAAAGCACAUGAAAGACUUUGUAACAAUGAAGCUGAAGCUGUACCGUCUAGCACAUGUACUGGAGGUCUUCCUGAGUUUCUUUCAGCCUUAAAACUCUUGCCCCUCGGGGAAAAGUUUGAUGAUAAUGCCUCGAAGGACUUCGAAGCAGAUUCAAAACCAAGGACUGCGAGGAGUGCAGCUAAUAUUGAUCGAGGGCCUCCGUACCCAUUUUCAUCCCUGGCAUACAUAAAAAAUGCAAAAAUAAACAGUCAAAGAGAUACAAGCUUUUCUAGAGAAAGAAUAGAAAGAUAUUGUUGUACAACAGCAACUUUUAAUAAAAAUUUAGUUAGCAAAGGCAAAGGACAACAGUUUCCUGUCCGAUUCAGGAGACCUAUAGAUUACUGGCAGAGGAGACAUGUGUUUCCAAACCAAAGGAACAAGAAAAUUCUUGAUCUCAAUAGCCAAUUGUUGCUUUUAAAAUGCAGGCCCAUAUCGGUGGACGUCCCAAGAAUGUCAUUAGAGAAAAUGCAAGAAUACAUUGAUAAGCUGCGGGAGGAGGGGGAGGCAAGACGGGCCAACGAAGAGAAGGACAUAGUGUUUGUGGAUGCAGACCAACCCAUGGACAUGGAUGUGAAGAGUGAGGAUCCUCUUCAAAAGAUAGAUAAUGAGUGUGAAGUGAUUGAUCUGUGUUCAGAUGAUGAGACUCCUGUGAAUGAGAACUGUGACCCUCGGGCCGGGGUGACGUGUGUGAUGCGCGGCGGCGCGGUGCUGCGGCGCACGGCGGCCACGCCGCAGGCGCUGCCCGCCGAGCCGUGCGGCGCGCGCCAGCGCCCACUGCCCUCCCUCAUACUGCAACCGCAUCCCAUUAUCUUAAUAACUCACACUCUGAACAAUUUACAGGCUAUAGCUUUAGAUUAGUCAUUUUUGAAAUUAAGUGUAGAUAUACAUGCUGACAAUUAUUUAUUAACUUCCUGAUUAAACUUUCAAUGUUCA